AUGGCUGAUAAAUAUUUGAAAUAUCUUUCGAUUAAAUCAAUUAUUAUUAUUAUUAUUGCAUGUUUAAUUGAUAAAAUGUCGACUCUCUCUAUUUGUCCAACGGCUGUUUGGGCAUUGAAUGCAACAACAGUAGUUGAUUCCACACAGAUACGAGUUAAAACCCCAGUUACCAUUAUUGUCGACAAUAACAGUAAUAUUUAUGUGGCUGAUACUGGAAAUUAUCGUGUGCUACAAUUCCCAGCAAAUUCCACUACAGGUAUAUUAAGAAUCAACGGUAGCUCUGGUACUGGAUUGAAUCAAUUCUCGGCGAUGAUUGAUAUGGGUAUGGAUGCUAAUGGUAACAUCUAUAUACUAGAUCAGACUUUAUCACGUGUAACAAAAUGGACACCAGGAUCUGCGAGCGGAAUUCUUGUAGCUGGUGGUGGUCCUUUUAAUGAUUAUUUUGAUGGACACGUGGACAUUAUGGGUCAACCUGGUGGAAUGUUUAUUGAACCUCAAUCAUUAUUUAUUUGGAUUACUGAUACAAACAAUAGCAGAAUUGUAAAAUGGGUAAAUUCAUCAACAGCAUUAACAGUCUGCGGUAGUUAUGGUUCGAACUCCAACCAAUUUAUUAAUCCAAAAGGAUUAUUCGUUGAUACAGCUGCUGGAAAUACACUUUAUGUGGUAGAUAGUGGAAACCAUAGGGUACAAAUGUGGCUUCCAGGUGCAACUAGUGGAGAAACUGUUGCUGGAAUAACAGGUUACCGUGGUGCUGGACUCAAUCAGUUGUGGAAUCCAUUAGCAAUAGUUGUCGAUAGUUACCAGAAUAUGUAUAUUACAGACGUGAGCAACAGCCGAAUUCUCCAAUGGAAAGUAGGUGCAAGUUUUGGAAUGGACAUUGCAGGAACGACACAAACCACAGGAUCAUCGUCAAGUUUACUUAAUUACCCAUCUAGAGUUAGCUUCGAUUCGAAUGGAUCGCUUUUUGUUGCUGAUUCUAGUAAUCAUCGGGUACAAAAAUUUGCUGUUUCUUGUCCGAUAAAUAUAUCAACUACAACUGUUUCAUCAGUAGUAACUACGACAAUGCCUAUUUCGACUUCAAAUUGUGCAACGACUGUUUGGGCAUUGAAUGCAACAACAAUUGCUGGUUCACCUAUAGGUGUUGCAGGUUAUACUUCAACAUUGUUAUAUUAUCCAUCAGUAAUCGCGGUUGAUACAAAUGAUUCGAUUUAUGUCAUGGAUUAUAAAAAGCCAUACUUUCGUAUGCAAAUUUUUUAUCCAGGUAGUCAAUUAGGAACAACAAUCAUUAACACCACCAGUGGCGCAGGUCUCAAUCAGUUCUCCGACGUCACCGCUGUUAACAUAGAUGUGAGUGGUAAUAUCUAUAUACUUGACGCGGGAAACACUCGUGUUACAAAAUGGGCUCCAGGAGCAUCAACGGGCAUACUUGUAAUCAGUAAUAACGGAUAUGGCAAUUCUCACAACCUACUAAGUACUGCUUGGGACUUAUUCGUUGAACCAAAUACAUCCUAUAUUUGGAUACUUGAUCCUUACAAUUGUUGGGUUGUGAAAUGGAUCAGUCCAUUGAGUGCUAUACUGGUUGCCGGAGGAAAUGGUUGUGGUAUACAAGCUAAUCAAUUUAAUAAUCCAAUCGGAUUAUUCGUUGACACAUCUGAUUCGAAUACAUUUUAUGUUGCAGACAAAAAUAAUCAUAGAAUCCAAAAAUGGCUUUAUGGAGCAAGCAAUGGAACAACAAUAGCCGGACAAUCAGGUGUAUCUGGUAGUGCACUUAAUCAACUUAGUUACCCAUAUACUUUGACUAUGGACACGAACAAAUCAUUGUACAUUGUGGACUCUGGAAAUAAUCGAAUCGUUUUAUGGUUAUUAGGAUCUACAUCGGGUAUCGUCAUUGCUGGUUUAGGUAUUCCUGGAGUAUUACCAUCUCAACUAUAUAAUCCUUACAGUGUCAGACUUGAUUCAACUGGAGCACUUAUUGUCAAUGAUCACUUUAACAAUCGGAUUCAAAGAUUUUCUGUUCUUUGCUCACCAAAUAUGACGUCAUCAUCAUCAACAGCAUCAGUAUUAACCAACUCAACAUCAGUUGCUGCUACAUUACAAAACACAACAAUUACUGUUCCACUUACUACCAAUAGUCUUAUAACAUCAGCAAAUAACCCAACAACUAUACUAUCAGCUUCGACAUCAAUCGCAAAUUCAGUUACAGUAUCAGCCACAGUUUCAAAGUCACCAAUAAUAACACCAUCAAUAACCGUUUCAACGUCACCAAUAAUCAUACCAUCAACAACAGUUUCAACAUCACCAAUAGCCACACCAUCAACAACAGUUUCAGCGUCAGCAAUAGGUACAUCAUCAGCAACAGUUUCAACAUCACCAAUAGUUACACCAUCAACAACAGUUUCAACGUCAACAGUUGUCACAACAUCACAAAAGAAUAGUUCAACUAAUACAAUAACAAAAUUAUCAUCAACAAGCGCUACAAGCUCUCUAUCAACAACUUAUUCAUUUGCAACCCGUAAUUUAAAUUCAAAUUUAUUAGUAUUAUUAUUUUGUUUCAUUAUGAUUUUUAUAAACAAUUAA